AUGUUUUCAAGUUCCAGCAGUUCAGGCUCAGAAGACGAAUGGAAUGAUUUAUUGGAUAGUAGUUAUAAUUUGUACUUAAAUAGUCCAAGGUCUUGCUGGGUGCACGAUUUAUUGACAGAUUAUAAAAAUGGAGAAUAUUUUCAAACAUGUAUUAAACUUCGAGAAUACCCGGAAAAAUUUAAAGAAUAUUUUCGAAUGAACAUACAUACGUAUGAUUACAUAUUGGAUAAUAUUUCAAAUGAUAUAAAAAAAUAUAGUAAUUUUCGUGAGUGUAUUCAACCAGAUGAAAAACUUGCAAUAACAAUAAGAUAUUUGUCAACUGGUAUGUCAUUUCGAGCUUUAGAAUUUUUAUUUAAGCGACAUCAUUACACCAUUGGUAAAAUCGUUGAAGAUGUUUGUGUUGCAAUAUGGAAUCAACUUUUUACCAAACAUAUGCCGAUUCCCAAUAAAGAAAACUAUUUAAAAAUAUCAUCAACAUUUGAAGUACUAUGGAAUUUUCCGCAUGUUGUUGGUUGUUUGGAUGGAAAACAUCUACGGGUAAAGUGUCCAGAAAAGUCUGGCAGUAUGUUUUUCAAUUACAAAGGUUAUUAUUCAAUUGUAUUACAAGGAGUUGCAGAUGCGAAUUACAAAUUCAUAUUUGUAGAUGUAGGAGCCUACGGUAAGCAGAGUGAUAGUGGUACGUUUUUAGCCUCAGAUUUAUAUGACAUACUGGAUAAGUACAAAAAUUCAUUACCUCGUCCUACAAAAAUCAAAGAUACCGAAAUUGAUAUGCCAUAUGUAAUGCUUGCUGAUGACGCCUACCCUUUAAAAGAAUAUAUUUUGAAGCCAUAUUUAAAGCGACAAUUGACACAUGAAGAAAUGAUAUUUAAUUAUAGACUUUCACGUUGUAGACGUUGUAUCGAAUGUGCGUUUGGAAUAAUGUGUACCAAGUGGAGACUAUUAUACAAACCUAUCGAAACUAAAAUUGAAAAAGCAGAAAACAUUGCCAAAGCCAUAACUUUACUGCAUAACAUUAUAAUAGAUUUAGAUGGAAGCCCUAACGCGAUGGCAAUAGAAGAAGCAAUGGAAAGUUUCGAAUUUCAAAAAAAAAAAAAAUCAAGAAAUUACAAAUAUUUCACGAAAAAGUCUUAA